GACGAAUUGCCUCAUUAUUGGUUUGCUUGUUUCUUGACAUUGUUUGGCGUUAUGUACAGCUUAUUACAUUUAGUUCAUUAUUGAACUUAGUUAUGGAUCAUUAUUGAAUCUGGUGUGACUAAUUUGAUUGUUGUUUUCUUUCGUGUGUUUUAUAUUGUGAAGUUACGAAUGUAAAAUCUGUCUAAAGGUGCAUAACAACGAAAGAGACUACUUAUCGCAUCUUCACGCUCAUUUUCAAGAGAAAAAGUUCAGAGAUGAAAUGAAAACAGAGAACACUUCAGAUAAUGAUCUUUAUGAUUCAGAAUUUUCUGAACCUCCUCAUUUAAGUAAAUGGUUUCCGGACUAUGUCUAUGAAUCACCGAUGUUGGAUACAUGUUAUGGUUUUGAAUUCUCUGACCUUAAAGAAAGUGAAAGUAUAAAGGAUUUGGAAAUUAAGAAAGAGACACUAACAAAAAUCGAUGACUUAGUCUCUUCUAAGAUUGAUGAUAUGACUGACUCGCAAGCUGCAUAUUCAGAGUUGGUAGUUGAGGAUAGUGACAUAGACGAUGCCGUAAUAGACAAAAACCGUAGAAGUCUUUUUCGAAGAGUGGCUAAGCGAAAACCUACAAUACCAACCGUUGAAGAAGAGUUAACUUACUUGAAGAACCGAGUCAGUGAUCUAGAAGACAAAGUAAGCUAUUUGUAUGAUGUUAUUAGUCGUCUUAUUAUCUCCAAUGGCAACAAUAGUAAUUAG